AUGAGGCUGGAGAUGCGACGGAGCCGGGAGAGGGACCGAGGCAACCGGGGAAGCGGGGGGAUCGGCGAAACGGGAGUUAGCACGGGCCAAGGCGCCUGCUCUCACCGGCCCCGGCCCCGCCGUGCCUCUUGGGUGGGCGUCAGAACAGAACCGGAGUUCUGCUCCCGAAACCGGCGAGAGCGGGCUCCGCCGCUCCCCGCUCUGUCCCUCAGCCCCGUCCCGCCGCCGGGGGCCCGCUCCCCGCCGCUCCGGUGCCCCCCUGUCCCCCGCCCCCGCCGCCCGGUGCAGAGGGACCGAGGAUGCGGCGGGCACUGCUCACCCUCCUGCUGCUGCUCGCCCCGCCCGCCGCCCGCCGCCGCCCGCCCCGCCACCACCGACGGCUCCAUCGCGGCGGCCGGGACCGGGGACCAGCACCAGCCGCUCUGGCCGCCGCUGGCGCCGCCGCCCCCGGGGCCGUGGCGAGGCCGGCGGGACGAGCCGCCGCUCUCCAUCGACCUCACGUUCCACCUCCUGCGGCACCUCCUGCUGCUCGCCCGCGCCCAGAGCCAGCGCGCCCGCGCCGAUUCCAACCGCCGCAUCCUCGACGCCGUGGGGCGCUGA